AAAAUGGAAACAGAAACCGCCACAACUCCAACAGGAAAUACGGAACCCACCGCUGCAGCUUCCGCCGAACCACCAAAGUCAGAUAAGGUGACCGUAAGGCUGAGGAAUAUCGCAGAUGCGCCAGUUCUUAAAAAUAAGAAAAUGGUGGUGAAUCCAACGGACACUGUUGCUUCCUUCAUCUUGAAAUUGCGAAAACUGCUGAAUAUUCAAGCCAACAACUCACUCUUCUUGUACAUUGAUAACACAUUUGCCCCAUCUCCUGACACCACGUUUGAGACGCUAUCCCGAUGUUAUUCUGUGAAAAUCACCGAUAAGGAGAUUCUGGAGCUUCAGUACAGCAUUACACCGGCCUACGGAUGAAAAACAUGCGAAGCGGGAUUUUUUAAAUGUAUUAUAUGUACUUGAUGUCACAAUAA